AUGGUGCAUGUUGCCCAUUCUCCCAUGAAAAUGUUGGACGACGGCCGCUUACCUCACCGCCCUCAAUUAGAGCUGAGCUUUGCACCACCACAGUACGAAAACGUUCUUCUAACAACGCUAUCUACGGGAACUCUUAAAUUUCCUGGGGAAGAAAAUGCCUACACAUUCACUGCGGCGAACCUCGAAGACUGUGGAAAGAUUGGGAGCGGGAAUUUUGGAUCAGUUUACAAAAUGAUACAUACUGAGAGCGGAAAGGAAAUGGCCGUGAAGAGAAUUCGUUGUAACAACAUCAAUAAUCGUGAACAGGAGAAGAUCAUUCGUGAACAUGACACCAUAAUGCGUUCGGAGCAAUGUCCAAAUAUAGUAAAGUUCUUCGGUGCUAUUUUACAUGAGGGUGACUGUUGGAUAUGCAUGGAGUUAAUGGAUAUUUCUCUGGAUAUCCUCUAUAAGCGUGUAUAUAACCUUCACCAUACCCGGUUUAGUGAGAAUGUUAUAGGGCAUAUUGCAGUGUCGAAAGAGCUUUAUUUUGUUCUUCCAGAUGUAAAACCAUCUAAUAUUCUCGUGAAUAGAUGUGGUAUGGUAAAGCUGUGCGAUUUUGGCAUCAGCGGCCAGCUAAUCGAUUCACUAGCUAAAACUCACGAUGCCGGAUGCCAACCAUAUCUUGCCCCCGAGCGUUUAUCCCAUUAUGGCAAGAAGUAUGACAUCCGUUCCGACAUAUGGUCACUUGGAAUUACGUUGUACGAGAUCGCGACUGGCGAAUUCCCUUAUCCUCCCUGGAAUUCUGUAUUUGAUCAGCUCAGCGCGGUAGUGCAGGGCGACCCUCCCAUGCUGGACACGAAUGGACAGUUCUCUCGCAGCUUCGUUACUUUUGUUAGCAAAUGUUUAACGAAGGAAUGCAAAGAACGACCGAAAUAUCAAGCUUUGAAGAAGGAGGAAUUUUAUCAAAUACAUGCAGUUCCUGGUCCUCUUAUCGAUGCAGCUCGUGAAUUUUUGAAAGACUACACGCUAGCUUACUUGGAGAGUCUUGAAAAUAGUGGCAUGUAA